GGAGAUGGUUGGAUUCAAAGUAUCAGAUGAGCAACAACAUCACGUUAUUUGUAGGGAGUGCAAUAAACAAGUUACAGCCAGGGGUGGAAGCACUACAAAUCUUUUUCACCACCUAAAACAGUGGCACAAACCCGAAACAAAGCUCACUGCAAACUUCAUUUUCCCGCAGUGUGCCUUAUGAAAAGAAAAGUGUCAAGUGGUGUCCUAUCACAUUGCUAAAGAUAUGGUCCCCGUUGCAACUGUGGAACAAGUCGGAUUCCAAAAGCUACUGAAAACUAUGGACCCGAGAUAUGAGUUUCCCAGUCGCAACUACUUUGCACGAGAAGCACUGCCACAAAUGUACACUGAAAUCAGACAGAGCCUUGCUGACCGGCUCGCUAACGUGACCCAUUUUGCGUUGACCAGCGAUAUGUGGUCAAGCAGGACGUGUGAGCCUUACAUGAGCGUGACAGUUCACUUCAUUCAAGACUGGGAGAUGAAAACAGCGUGUCUGCAAACAAGUUAUUUCCCCCAGGAUCACACCGGUGAGCACAUAGCUGAGGCCCUGCAGGACGCAAUUGCAAGCUGGAAACUCCACGAAAAGUAUCUGGUUGCUAUAACAACCGACAACGGGAGCAACAUCGUCAAAGCGGUUGAGCUGAACGAGUGGUUGAGGAUGUAGUGCUUCGGUCACAGAUUGCACUUGGCUAUUGGUGAGUGCAGUGUUGUAAGGAGUAUUCAGAUAUUUUACUUUAAUCAAAAACAUAUUAAAAUGUUAGUUUUUCCUUAUUUUCCUUUGUGUGUCUGUCUGCAACUUUGUGUUUUAUGCUGCUGUCUUGGCCAGGUGUCCGUUGAAAUGCAGUAUGUAUUGUUAAAUGGUUAAUAAAACACAAAACUUAAAGUGCUAAAUGUAAAAUCAUUUACAAUACAGAAUGCUAGAUUUCAGAACCAUAUUUAUUAGGUUUCCGUUAUUGGAUAAGAAUUAGUGAUGCAUUGAUGUAUUUACCACUUUAAUGUUACAGCUGGUAAAGGUGAGGUAAUUAUGACUUUAAAAUGCUGGUUAGCCUGUUGUUAUCAUCAAGGUAACAUAUAUUUAGCUAUUAUGAUAGACUAUAGUUUUUUCUCUGGAUUGAAAAUAGCAAACUGCAAAGUAACUAGAAACUAAUGUUGACACAUAUGCCUAAACAACAUUGUGGAGUUUUUAGUGGAGUAGAAAUAUGAAGUAGCAUUAAAAAAAUAGCAUAAAUAUUAAAUACUAAGAACAACAAGAAGAACGGAACACGAGUAAAUGUACAUACAGUUUAGUCAUCAUUUAUAAAUUAUACAAAGAUAAUAAUACAUAAAAAUCACUUACAUGAUUAAAAUUCAGAAAAAAAUAAUAUAAUAUUUGAUAUUUAUGAUUAGUACUGGUGUUGAUUAAAAAAAAUAAACUAUGAAACGAGAAAAUAAUAUUAAUGUAGAAUAUUUCUAAAGCUUGAUUUUGGAUUAGUUGUAUGAAUGUGUUAAAGUGAAACCAGAGUCAAAUUUCUCACAUAAGCACAUUUGUUUAAUAGUUUUUUAUGAUUCUGGCAGGACAUGGCAUGAAUGACAAGCGUUUCACCCGGGCCAUUUCUUUGUGCAAAAGAAUUGUAAGCUGUUUUUCAUACAGCUGGAAGAAAAGGAGACAUCUUGCUGAAGUCCAGAUUCAGCUGGGUCUGCCAAGUCACCAACUCAUAACAGAGUCUGCCACACGCUGGGGAUCCAGGCAGCAGAUGAUAGAGAGAGUCCUGGAGCAGGAAGGAGCACUGGCCAAAGUCCUGUCUAAUGACAAAAAGACCAGGCACCUUGUCCCUACCUGGCAGGACUUAGAGGUCCUAGAAGCAGUCCAAAAGGUCCUGAAACCUCUCCAGGAAUGUACUGAUGCUUUAUCAGGUGAGGAGUACGUCACUCUAUCAUAUGUGAAACCUGUGCUGCACCGUUUUAACGAAAGUCUCCUGGCAUGUGAAGAGGGUGAUAGCGAGCUUUGUAAAUCGAUCAAGACCAGCAUUGUUGAGUACCUCAACAGCAAAUAUUCUGACCCAGCCACUACUGACCUUUUGGAGAUGGCUUCAUUUGUAGAUCCUCGGUUCAGGGCCACCUACAUCCCAAGUGAAAAAGUCGAUGCAUUGAAGCACAGAGCUGUCUUGGAGGUGGAGACGCUACUGGCUGAUCAGAGCAGCUGUCAACCGCCUUGCCUAUGUGUGCCCACUGUGCCUGAGCCUGCAGAUGGAGAAGCAGCAGUAGCACCAAAAGCUAAGAGACUGGCAAGCUUCUUCAAGAAGCGCACAGCCACCACCACUGCACCAACCAAGAGGGAGGCUAUUGAAAAUGAACUGUCAAGUUACUUGCAGUCCGCAAGUGUGGAGAGUGACACUGAUCCUCUCAAGUGGUGGAAGGAUCAUGAAGUUUUCUUUCCAUCUCUGAGCCACCUGGCAAAAAAGUAUCUCUUGGUACCAGCUACCAGUUCACCCUCCGAAAGGGUUUUCAGCUGUAGUGGCAAUAUCGUGACCUGCCACAGAGCAUCUCUGAAGCCGGAUGCUGUUGACAGGCUGGUGUUUCUCGCACAAAAUCUUUAAACGAAGGAGGAUACGCUUGUCUGUCUUCUAAUGUCUACCUCAAAACAGCAUUACUGUUUAUCAUAGUAAAAAGAGUAAAAAGUAAAAGUAAAAAGAGGGGGAAAAUGUUUAUUGAGUUGAUAAUCUGUUUCUUGUGCAACUGGUUGAGACUGUUCAGAUAAGAAAUGGAGUUAACAAAAAGGAAAAGGUAAUCUCAAGCUGAUGUUUAAAAAAAAUGUUCUUAAACUGAGCACUUUAUUUUGUUCUUUCUUUAUAUGUAAAUGCUGCCCUUAAGUUACUAGGGUUUGUCAUAUUCUUUUGUAAUGUUUGUUAUUUGCAUCUCUGGAUUUGUUAGAAAGGAGAAUAAAAUCUGUUAUUGGAUUUUAAUAAGCCAUUUAUAGUUGUAAAACUAAAAAAUUUUGAUAUUGUACUUUUCUCAUAUAAAUAUUUUUUUUUUGGAAAAAGAUUGGCAUAUUUUAUUUUAUAGGCUAUUUUUAAGAUAUGUUUUUUAUUUAAAUGUGCACCUUAUGGAGCUUUGAUUUCAAAAAAGGUACUCCUGUCCUAUUGUUAUACAGUAUUUUUUUUUACAUUUUAUAGUUAUUUGAACAGCUGAGCAUUUAAUUAUGAACCAGGUGAAAAAACCUGUUUACUAUUUAUUCAUUUGAUUUUGCAACUGUUCACUGAAAUGGCUGGUUUCAAUAAAACUACUUGUGACAUCAUAUUUGGCUUUGACUUUGACUGAACAUUUGCUCUCACUUUGCGGAAAAAAUAUCGGGAUAUAUAUCGUAUAUCGAUAUUCAGCCUAAAUAUAUCGGGAUAUGACUUUUUGUCCAUAUCACCCAGCCCUAAUAGUGACUGUACUCUACUCUAUACUCUAUUACUGUACUACGAUGCCAAGUAUUAUAGUUUGGGACAGAAACAGGCUGGUAGAAG